AAUACACAAGAAAUCUAAUUAUGAACCACGGACACCUAGCCGAUAGCUAAACAAAAGCAUAAAAUCUUGCCACGUGGCUGAAACUUUCGAAUAUCUCCGUUAACGGAAGUUAAUGUACUAGGAGCUAAAUCACUUGCGUGUUGAAGUGAAGGUGUUGUUAAUUUGUAAGCCAAUUAUUUUUGGGGCAAUUUUCAAUUGUGGGUUAAAUUUGAUCAUCAAACUAUGGCAACAACUAAGGUGUACGUAGUGUAUUACUCACUUUAUGGCCAUGUGGAGACUAUGGCCCGAGAAAUACAACGCGGAGUCAAUUCGGUUAAGGGCGUCGAAGCAACACUUUGGCAGGUUCCGGAGACACUUCCUGAACGGAUAUUGGAGAAGAUGAAGGCUCCUAAAAAGCCUGAUGAUGUGCCUGAGAUCACGCCUGAGCAGCUCUUGGAAGCUGAUGGUUUCAUCUUUGGUUUCCCUUCUCGUUUUGGUGUGAUGGCUGCCCAAUUCAAAGCCUUUUUUGAUGCCUCCCAUGAGAUAUGGGCAACUCAAGCGUUAGCUGGUAAACCUGCUGGAAUCUUUUGGAGUACUGGUUUUCAUGGAGGUGGCCAAGAGCUUAGUGCACUAACUGCCGUAACUCAGUUGGCACAUCAUGGCAUGAUAUUUGUUCCUCUUGGAUAUACUUUUGGUAAAGGAAUGUUUGAGAUGGAUGAGGUAAAAGGUGGAUCUUCCUAUGGAGCUGGAACUUAUGCGGCAGAUGGUUCUCGUCAACCCACAGAACUGGAACUUCAACAAGCCUUCCAUCAGGGUAAAUAUAUUGCUGAAAUUACAAAGAAACUCAAGUAAUUACUCACAGAACAAAGAGCAAAAAGAGGACAAAAUACAAUCAAGACAUAAUUGAGCAAUCUAUCACUGAAAUUGGAAGUCCAGGAAGGUACACUCUGUCUACAAAUGUACAUUAAUUGUAAAGCCUUUUAAGUCUGUAAAGAAAUGCAUAAAUGUACCAUCAUUAGUGUCUUCCUUUGCUUAUAGUCGGUUCGUGUUAAUUGAUCCUCUACCCCUACCCUGAACCCGUGAGGGUGAUUGAAUUGGUUGAGCAAGAGAUCUCCAUCAGGUUCAAAAUCCUUCCAUGUUUUUUUUUUGUCGAGCUCGAUGCAUUAAGUGCGAUUUAACUCUCCUAUGUGAUUUGUGGGCUAUUAUAAUGGAGCGGAGUUUACCUA